UCCGUUCAGGCUUCCGUCAAUUCCAUGGUGUCUUUGAUCUUUCCAGUUUCCAAGACCGGUUGACUGUGCAGAAACUAGAAACCAUUUCUUAUCAUUUACAAGCUCCAUUGCGAAUGACGAACCCGACGGAAAUUGCCCUCCGUCAACAUAUAUGCGCACCGGGCUCUGGAGGACUGAAAUACGUCUUACCCUACCAUAUUCAGAACAUUGACAAGUCACUUGGAGUCUUGAAGACAAUGGCUUUUAGACUGAAGGGCUAUAUGGUCAAACUUCAGAUGAUUGAAUUUAGUCAAUAUUGGUUGACCGAAUGAUUUCUUGAAAAAUCACAUCAAAACCUCUUUCACAACAUAUUUUUAUUUCGAGUUCGAAAGAGAUUUUUUAGUUAGGGUUAUUGGCUCAAUUUUUCAACUUAAAUCGGAGAAAAAUGGAAGAACUUGGGAAACUAGUGAACUUGCAGAGCAUUCUCUCUUUCUUAGAAGAACGUCAUCUCUCUUCAAAUAACCAGGACUCUGAUCGUUUCCUUGCCGAGUUCACAAUGUUCAUGGCAAAGCAAUGCGGAAAUCUCACAAUGGAGGCGAAGUUCAGUUUGAUAUCUGAUUAUCUUCCUAAGAUUUCACCUGCAAUUCUCGAGGAAGCUGCAUUGUGUCUUACCGGAGAAGGUGUGCAAUUAGGUCAUCAACAAAAUUGUGGUGAUCUUCCUACUGAAGUGUACUGUGAGAGUGAAUCCAAUGUUGAUGUAAUGGGAGGUUAUGUUGAAGAUAUGGCGAUGGUUGGAUUAGAGUCGAUGCAGCGAGCAAAUUCCACUCUCGAGGAUUUUUGUAGGUUUUACUUUAUAUUUCAUGAGAUGGAUGUGAAAAAACCAGAAUUGGUGUUCAAGUACCUCCCAAUGCUUUCAUUUACGGAAAGUUACAUUUAUCAGCUUGAUAGCUAUAAUGAACAAAUAUUAUCGACGACAGCUGGUACAACUGAUGCUAAAAAGCCAGAACGUAAUCAUAUAAUGAAAGAUCAUCUCCUAAAAGUUAUUAAAAAUGAUCCAUUUGGACCUCUCGUCAGUGUACUAGAAGAUCAUGGCCUUAUGACAGAACGAAUUAGAGCAGAGCUCAGGUCUGGGGAAGAAUAUUGGCUUCUAGAGAGGAAAUUAUGUAAUUCACUAGCGGCCAAGCAACAGGUUUUGAUUGAAGACGUGAUGAGAGCAAUUCAUCUAAAAUCCUUCGAUUAUCGGGUUUUGAAUCUUUUGUUGUAUCAGCUAAGGCGAACAAAGGUUAACGACUUACAUAUGGAAUUUCUAUCAGUCUCCGAAUUCCUUGUCGAGGUAUCUGAUGACCUGUUUGAUUAUGAGGAUGAUGUGGUAGAGAACAGCUUCAACAUUCUGCGUAUGUUUGUGGGAAUUUAUGGAGCUUCUAAGGCUCCAUCCAUGUUGGCACAAUGCAUUACUGAGGCUGAAGAGAAGUAUGUAGGCCUUUCAAAAACUUUGGAGGAAAAUCUUUCCUUGAAUUGCUGGCGAAGAUGUGAAGAAGCCACAAGAGAAGGUGGGAAGAAUUCAGUACAUUCUUUUGGGACAUGGCAUAUACCAACUGUGAUUUCAGACGAAGGACUUUAUCGACUAAAUAACACUCAGAAUCGACUAGACAGCUGAUUUUUGGCAUUGGGGUGUUAGAGUAUACUACACCAUUUAUGGUUCUUAUUUUUGAUCGUGGGUGAUUCUUGAUUAACAUGAUAUUAGGAAGAUAAUGAUAUUGAUUAUAUAUUGUAUAAUUAUUACCAUCGGAUUUGU